CGGCUGACUCGCGCGCCUUGCAUCCCCCACUCCAAUCAGAGUGGGAAAAUUGCGGAGAAUCCGGCCCUCUAUGCGGGGAUGCGUCUCUUACUCUUCCAUCUCUCAUGCUUCCAUCCUUCUCAUUUUGAUAUGCUUUGGAUUUCAACUUCGCCUUGUUGACAACAUUAUCGGCUGCAUUUCAUUUCAAGUCCGCCAAGUAACCCCCCAUUCUUCCCCACUUGAGAGUCCCCACCACCCGCUUCUCUACCAUCGGAUGGAAGAAUCAGUCUGACUUCUGACAAAUGGAGUCGCUGUGUUUGGUCAUGGCGACCGAUACCUAGCCAUUCCCCAGGUUCCGAUCGGAUCUGGAGCUGUUUGCUGUGGGCAAUCCACUAGCCAUGCGACGAGACUGAAGCUGUUC